UCACACACAUAGAUAAAUACAGCAACAGUGGAGUGCCCCAUCUGUUAACUGUUUUUGUCGAUUCCUUUCAGAUUGGGAUGGAAAGCCAACAAAAAAAUGUUUUGCUCACCUCCGCCGCCGACGAGGUUUCCCUAAAUAUCGCCCGCCAUCUGGUCCAGCGCGGUUGCCGGCUGGUUUUGGUGGGGAACGAGGGUCAACUGAGGAUUGCGGCGGACAAGAUCAGGAGUUCCUUAGACGGCGACGUUUUCAUCGAAGUGGUGGGGCUGGAUAUGGAGGAUGAGAGGGAAGCGGUUUUCCAUGAAGCUGUGGAGAAGACAAGGAGGAUCUUGGGGAGUUUGGAUGCCUUCGUCAACUGUUAUUCCUAUGAAGGUAAGAUGCAAGAUCCCUUGUCUUUACCUGCAAGUGAAUUCAGAAAGAUAGUCAAGACCAAUUUCAUGGCGCCAUGGUAUCUCUUGAAAGCUGUUGGUAAAACCAUGCGGGAUCAGAAAUCUGGGGGAUCUAUUGUAUUCUUGACCUCUAUAAUUGGGGCUGAAAGAGGGCUAUAUCAAGGUGCAGCAGCAUAUGGUUCAUGUUUGGCUGGAAUCCAGCAGCUAGUAAGGACAUCUGCACUGGAGAUUGGGAAGUAUCAGAUAAGAGUGAAUGGCAUAGCCCGAGGGCUACAUCUUGACGACGAGUUCCCUGUAUCAGUGGGGAAGGAGAGGGCACAAAAACUGGUUAAAGAAGCGAAUCCGUUGCACAGGUGGCUUGAUGUUAAGAAUGAUCUGGCCUCAACAGUGAUUUACUUAAUCAGUGAUGGGUCGCGGUACAUGACGGGGACAACCAUAUUUGUGGAUGGCGGCCAGUCACUGGUGAGGCCUCGGAUGAAAUCUUACAUGUAAAGAAAAAGAUUGAGCCUAACUAUCUACAUGCAUUUUGGUAAUAAGUCUAGUCGAGAUCCCAUCCUAUAAUUGUUUGUUUGUUUGUUUUAUGUUUGGUGUGAUAAUAAUAAUAAUCAAAAUGUCUGGAGCUAAUGAAGCCCUGCUGGCUGGCUGCUGGUAUUUGAAGGGUCCUGUCGUCGUGCAUAUGCUUUAGUGGUGUAGAUUUUCAACGAUGAUAACUUGUUCGAUGUUUACUAGUCUUAGUUAAUUUGUCUCGUGUGUGUGACUGCGACAAAUAUAAAAGCACGUGCGGGUAUACAUUGAACAA